AUGUCCAAGCAGAAGAAAUACCAGCUAGAGCCCCAGAUUGCUGGCCCCACCAACUGACGGUGUUUCUCCAAAGACCCUUUCUCUGGGGACCUGCUGGCAUCGUCCCAGACAUGCAAGCCUCUGAACAUGGACUUUGAUGAGACUCUGAAGAACCCAGACAAAAUAAACAUUUCACAGUUUCAGAAAGUUCUCUCCAAAAAUUUGGAGAACAAGACCAUCCAAAGUGGGAAGGCAGAUGUGAUCCUCGACUGCUUGGGUAUCAAGUGGGAGCUGCAUCAGAGCCAGCUGUUUAAGUCCGAGACCCUGGCCAGGCUGUACUUGGCAGCUGUGUCCAGGGGCACUGAGAACCCCCGGAAGGUGCUGGAGAAGCUGCUGAAAGGUCAGUUACCUGGGAAUCGUCAAACACCGAUGAUGACCAUCUCGCUGAGGAUCAACGACCCUCUGGUCACCAGAAGUGCUUUUGCCACAGCCCUGAAGAACCUCUGUAUGAACAAGGUGGACAUUAACACGGAGGACGUAAUGGGAGUGCUGGCUGCGGCGCACCUCCUCCAGUUCAAGGACCUUUUCCACAGGUGUGUGACCCUCAUGAUACAAGGAAUCACGCCAAGUACCGUCAAGAACUACUACACGGUCGGCUGCAAGUACAAGGAGGAGCAGCUCACCAAGGCCUGCGAGAAGUGGCUGGAGAUAAACCUGGUGCCUGUGAUGGCCACGCGGAUCUCCCUCCGGAGUCUCCCGCAGGAGCUGCUCUACAAAGUGCUCAAGUCCCCCAGCUUGUUCACCUACAGUGAGAUGCAUCUUCUCAAAACCUUGCUCCUCUGGGUCUACUUGCAACUGAACCCCAGUGACCAGACCGUGCCAAUCUACGAGACCAUGAUGGCGUUCUUUAAGAGUUGACCCCAGACGUGCAUCCUACUGGACAUCGACAUGAGAAUGAACUUGAUGCCACUCUUCCUCUGCGUACGUCUGCACAGCAUCACCAAAGGCAAGGAUCUGGAGGAGAUAAAGCACAUGAACUUCUUCCCGGAGUCCUGGGUGUUCCGGAUCGCGGCAAACCACUACCAUGCACUUGAAAACGGGGGUGACAUGGUCUACCUAAAGGACUUCACCACCCAGGCUGUGCGCUUCGGGCUGAUCUUCACCCAGGAAUCUGCAGUUCUUUCAGAAACGAUAGCUUUGUAUGGGUUCUUCUUUGAGCUCAAGGGAAUCAAGCAUGGCGCCAGCUCUUACAGUUUCUACAUGCGGAGAAUCAGGCAUGCGGACUUGGAGUCCGACUCGAAGAUCUACAAGCACUACCCAGUGAGUCCGAGAGCUGAGCGCCUGGUGAAGUACGAGAUCAGAGCCCAGACCCUGGCGGACGGCAAGCAGCAGGAGUUCAAGACCAACCAGAUCAUACAGAAGUUCGGGCUGGCCAAACAGUCCUGCAAGAGCCAAACCUUGAAGGUUCAAACUAAGGACCUACCAAUCUACGCAAGCUUUUCUCUCCUUUUCCCAGAAUCCUGA